AGUGUAGAGGUGCUAAUGAAAGAUACUGCAUGCAGAAACAUGCCUAAUCUUCCAGUGUUAACUGUAUUCUUGAUUUGGGCGAUUCAGUUAAUUGAUGGUCAAGGUGUCAGUCACGUGAUUGUCACUCCACAAGUGGUUGCCGUAGGUGGAUGUUUCACCGUGUCAUGUGACGCAUCACGUGCCGGGGUUCCAGAAAUAGCUUCAACCGUUUCCAGCCUGACCUUGGGUUGGACGGACGGGAGGUCACCGCCCACAGAAUAUUCUGGAUACGGCAUUUUACCGCCGUACAACUUUACGAAUCCGCCGCCAUCAAGGAACUGGACAUUUGAGUUCACAGGAAGUCUGCAAGGGACCUCAGAUAGACCAUUCAACAGGAACACAAUGCGGAUAGAAAUGGUUGUCCACAACACUAAAUUGGCAGACACAGGGUUUUAUAUUUGUGGCGCUUCGUAUUUCUUUUGGGUAGAUGAGGAAAUAUCUGUAUACAAGUUUCAACAUAUAACAAUUGACGGUAAUUUGGUCUAA